GUUGUGUAUUUAACUUUCGGGUUAAAAUUAAUUUGUUCCAAAUAUAUAAUUUCUAGAAUUGAAAAUUUAUUUAUUAAGUUACCGUUAUAAAGCCAGAAUCACUUGGCCCCUUAAAAGUUCGCGGGAGCGAUAUUUUGUAGAAUUUUAUUUUGCGGGUUGUUAUUUUACUUUAUUUUGUUUUGUUACCUUUCUUUAAUGUUGUUUUGAGGGGUGCUACUCCUGUUAGCUUAUUGCGUCUAGUGCGUGGACUAAGAAUCUGUGCUAACCAAGUAGCCACCACUUAAUCCUGCCACUCCCAGUUUGAUACAUGCCAAUGUUUUCUUAUUGGUGAAUUUAAUUCAAAAAUAGUAGUCAAAGAUUAAAGUUUGUUUUGUAGUUGUAGCUAUCAUUUAUGAAUUGAUAUUUUGGACUCCUACCGUGAAAAUAUAACAAUGUCUUAGUUGGAAAUGACAUGAAUAACAUCAUCUUGGGCAUGUGGUAGGAUUCAUAUGUGAAAGGCUUCUUUUAUUUCCUUUAAGAAUGGGCACCCGAGUUUUCGUUGGUGGCUUAACUUACCGAGUUCGAGAACGCGACCUUGAGAGGUUCUUCCGGAAAUAUGGUAGAAUCAAGGAGGUCGCAAUGAAGAAUGGAUUUGCCUUUGUGGAAUUCGAUGAUUAUAGAGAUGCAGAUGAUGCAGUGUACGAGUUGAAUGGAAAAGAACUGUUAGGAGAAAGGGUUAUAGUGGAACAUGCUCGUGGUACCGCUCGUCGUGACCGUGGAUAUGGCGGUGGCGGCUAUGGACGUCGACGUUCGUCGUGGAUGGACAAAGUCUCUGUAGAGAAAGCUCGCGGAACACCGCGUGGCAGUGACAUGUGGAGAGGUUGCAGUCGAAGUCGUGGGUCGCCCCCACGCAGGCGGAGUCGCGGUCGGGACAAUGUGCCUUGCAAGUUAACAACAAAGUUUGGCCCACCUGACCGCUUUAUUUGUUUCAGGGAUAUGGAUGUCCGUAUUCAUGACAGAUACGGACCACCGACAAGAACAGAAUAUCGACUCAUUGUAGAGAAUCUGUCAAGCCGUGUUAGCUGGCAGGAUCUCAAGGAUUACAUGCGACAAGCUGGAGAAGUAACAUAUGCUGAUGCACACAAACAACGGAGGAAUGAAGGGGUGGUAGAAUUUGCAACUCAAUCAGACAUGAGGAAUGCUAUCGACAAGUUGGAUGAUACAGACUUAAAUGGAAGAAGAAUAAGACUUAUUGAAGAUACUCGUAGAGGACGUCAUCGAUCUCGGUCAUCCAGUUCCCGUUCCAGAUCAAGGUCACGAAGUCGUAGUCGUCGAAGCAGUAGAUCUCGCAGCCGUCGAUCAAGUCGAUCGAAGUCUAGAGGCCGAUCAAAGUCGGUAUCAAGGUCAAAAUCACGAUCACGCUCAAAAUCUAAAUCCCGUGAGAGAUCAAAGUCCAAAUCACGAUCUCGUUCACGGUCCAGAUCAAGAUCUCAGCCAAAGAACAGAUCUCAGUCUCGGUCUCAGUCGAAGUCAAAAGUGAAGGAUGAUUCAAAGGAUAGGUCACGAUCCAGAUCACCCAGCAAGGAGCCCAGUAAAUCCAAAUCGAGGAGCCGAUCUAAGUCGCCAGAAAAUAAGGAUGAGCAAAUGUCUCCAAAGAAGGAUGAUGAUUGAAGAAAAUGUGUGAAUUUGGAAUUGCCAUCCACUGUGUGUAGUUCAAAAGUGUGUCUGAAGACUACUAAAUCUUCCUAAAUUGAUCUUGGUGAAUGAGGACUUAGUUGGUAUAAUGAAAUGUUUUGCCACUUGGACUGCAAGAAUUUCAUAGGCUGGAUGCUGAAGACAGGAGCUGGCCUAACUUGCCUGGCAAUCCUCGGUCACCGCAAUACUUGUGAAUAUUUUGUGCAACAUAGUUCUGUAUUUCUAGUUUUUGUUCCUGUUUUGUUAUAUUACUUUCAAUUGCAUUUGAAUUAGAUUUACUGUUUUCAAUGGAGCAUGGCUGGUUGACUGGGUCCAUUAACAAGAAUGAGUGGUUUUGGGAAUUCAUUUGAAAUUCCAAGGUAUUUAAAGUUGUACAGAUGUAGAAGUAGAUCUUUAAUUGCUGAUUUGUAUUUUGUUUUCAUAAUUUUGUCACCACUGGUGACUUACCUGCAGAAUAUGCAUGUCAAUUUUUUUAGUACCUGGAAUAAAUUUUACCAAAAGAAUUUCCAGCAUUUCUGUUUCAUUAUUAUCUAAAACUUUUAUCCAGUGUAUUUCCCCCUUCAAAUAGUGCAAGAGCACAAAAACUAUGGGGUUUCUAAAAAAAAUUAAUGGAGGUCGAUGAGGAUGCGGUUGUAGUGAAUUUUGAAGAUGGGCACUCAACAUACAUCAUGUACUACUUUCCAAAAAAAAACCUACCAGUGUGUGGGUAUCUCAUCCGUUCAGAGGAUGGCCAAUAGGAAUUAUAGUGUGUGUGUACCUUAGAGCCCCUGCACUUAACAUUGUGCAGCAUGUGUCAAUGCAAUUCUAGAAUAACACCUUAUGUGAAAUGGCAUACAAAAUGCUUUGGCUACACACAUUACUUAUGGUUUGAACAUGUCACACAAGUGUUAAGGAUCCUAAUUCUUGAGGGUA